ACCACCUAGGCCGGAGGCGGGCAUCAACCGCACCGCCUUUGCCUAAGGCAAUGCUUUAGGCGGUAACUCACCUCCAUCCGCCGCCGCCACUUUUGGAACUGCCACCGCCAUUUCUCCACUACGACCCGUCCGAAAGCAUCACCCAAGCUCGUGACGGGUCCACCUGAGCCUGGCGACGGGUCCGGAAGCGUCGUUCGAGCCUGGCGACAGCCCGGAGGAGUUGCCCAGGCCCGACAAUUGUCCCGGAUGCAUUGCCCAGGCCCGGUGAUGCAUCCGGACACGUCGCGCGGUGUCGGCGACAUGUUAGAACUUGUCGCCCGAUCGAAACAGGGUACGCAGGUUGCUAUCAAGAAGAUGAAAAGAAAGUUCUACUUCUGGGAGGAAUGCAUGAAUCUAUGUGAAGCUAAGUCUCUUCGGAAGUUGAACCACACCAACAUUGUCAAAUUGAAGGAGAUUGUUAGAGAAAAUCAUGAGCUUUUCUUCAUUUUUGAGCACAUGGAGUAUAAUUUAUAUCAGGUGAUGAGAGAGAGGCAAAAUCCUUUCACUGAGGGAGAGAUACGGAACCUCAUGUCUCAAGUACUACAGGGACUUGCAUACAUGCACAAGAACGGAUACUUCCAUCGAGAUCUGAAACCUGAAAACCUUUUGGUUACUCAUGAUGUAAUUAAAAUAGCUGAUUUUGGACUGGCAAGGGAAGUAACCUCAGAGCCUCCCUAUACUGAUUAUGUUUCUACAAGAUGGUACCGUGCCCCAGAGGUCUUAUUGAAGUCUUCAUUCUACACCCCUGCAAUUGAUAUGUGGGCUGUUGGCGCAAUUCUAGCAGAGCUUUUUAUGCUAUCUCCUCUUUUCCCUGGUGAAAGUGAGAUAGAUCAAAUAUACAGAAUAUGCACCAUUCUUGGAACUCCAGAUAGCAGUAUUUGGCCAGAUGGGAUUCUUCUCCCACAUUCUACAUAUUUUAAUAUCUUUCAGUUUCCACCUGCUGAUAUCUGGGAUAUUAUUCCAAAUGCCAGCUUGGAGGCAAUUGACUUGAUCCUGCAAUUAUGCUCCUGGGACCCGCAAAGAAGGCCAACUGCUGAGCAAUCCUUGCAACAUCCCUUUUUUCAUGUAGGCACAUGGGUUCCAUGUCCUCUCCAAGAUCCAUAUCAACCAAAGAUAAAACAAGUUGGACAAUUACCAAAGCUUGAACUAAAGUUGUGGGAUUUUGGCACCGAAUCAGAUGAUUGUUUCCUUGGUUUAACAUUGGCAGUCCAACCUAGUAUUCCUGAGAGAGAUGCUGGGAAACAUGUCAUACAGCAACCAAGAGAGGACUUCUUGUUUUACAAUGGGUGCCAGGACCAUUCUAACCGAUCAUUGUUUUGGCCCCUGCUGUCAAGUGACCAAAACAUCAAUGAUCUAACAGACAUAUCUUUGCUACCAUCAUCAUACAUACUGAGCAGCCAAGCCCCUCAAUCUACUAUUAGCGUUGGAGAGUCAUCUGGGUUCACAUUCCCUUCUGUGCAGCCAACUCUACUGGACAAUGGUGCAUUUCGACCAAUGAUGUCACUCUCUGCGCCAAUCCCAAAUGUUCACUCAUUCAAGUAACUCCAUUUUGAAAUUUUAUAGACUUUGUUCAUCCUUACAAUUACACGAGAUUGACGUUGGAGACAGUCAACUAAGCUGCUGAAUAGAUCUUGAAAGUGUCAAUUCUAGUUUUUGUUUAUUAUAGAGUGCUUUACAAAAUAAGGGAUACCCUUGUACAUAUCAGUGAAUGUAAUGGAACAUUGUCAAUUUGAUUACUGAUGAGAUUCAUGGAUUGAACCUUUAGAAUC